AUGGCUUCCUCGACCACAUCGGGUCUUGCGGCUAGCAAGAAGCCUUCGCUCCGAAGGAAUCCCACGUCCACCACCAUCGACUCGGACUGGACCUCGAGCGCUGUCGUUUCUCCGAUCGAUUCUCCCCGCCCGUCGGCCUCGUCCACAUCACUGUCAUCGCUCGCCUCUGAUGAUGCUCCGGCCCGCAAGAGCUAUGGGAAGCUCAUCGACACGUAUGGGAAUGAAUUUCAGGUCCCUGACUUCACCAUCAAAGACAUUCGUGACGCCAUCCCGAAGCAUUGCUUCGAGCGCUCGGCAAUCCGCAGCCUGAGCUAUGUCGCGCGCGAUAUCGUGUGCCUUGCGACGACAUUUUAUAUAUGGAACACCUUUGUGACGCCCGAGUACAUCCCGGCCAAGCCGAUGCGUGUCGUGCUUUGGGCCGUGUAUACUUUCAUACAGGGCCUCUUUGGCACCGGCCUCUGGGUCCUUGCCCACGAAUGUGGUCACGGCGCCUUCUCUCCCUCCAAGAGACUCAACGACUUCGUGGGCUGGAUCCUGCAUUCGUCGUUGCUGGUUCCCUACUUCAGCUGGCAGAUCAGCCACAGCAAGCACCACAAGGCCACCGGAAACAUGGAACGAGACAUGGUGUUUGUACCUCGCACGAGGGAAGACCACGCUACUCGCAUUGGUCGCCUUGUUCACGAGCUCUCCGAGUUGACCGAGGAGACGCCUGUGUACACGCUGCUCCACCUUAUCGGCCAGCAAUCCAUUGGCUGGUGGAACUACCUCCUCACCAAUGUGACGGGCCACAACAACCACGAGAAGCAAAGGGAAGGUCGCGGCAAGGGUAAGAGGAACGGCUUCGGCGGCGGCGUUAAUCACUUUGAUCCCCGCAGCCCCCUGUACGAGAACAAGGAUUCCCAUCUUAUCGUUCUGAGCGAUAUUGGUUUGACGAUCACGGUGUCGGUGCUCGUCUAUCUCGGCAACACGUUUGGGUGGUCGAACAUGUUCGUUUGGUACUUCCUGCCGUACAUGUGGGUCAACCAUUGGCUUGUGGCCAUUACUUACCUUCAACAUACGGACCCUUCGCUCCCCCACUACACCGAGGAAGAAUGGAACUUUGUCCGCGGCGCCGCCGCUACGAUCGACCGGGAGUUUGGCUUUAUUGGUCGCCACCUCUUUCACGGCAUCAUCGAGACCCACGUGCUGCACCACUACGUGAGCUCGAUCCCUUUUUACAAUGCCGACGAGGCCACCGAGGCCAUCAAGCCCGUCAUGGGUCGCCACUACCGAGCCGACACACGCGAGGGCCCCGUAGGCUUCAUCAAGGCACUGUGGAAGAGCGCGAGAUGGUGCCAGUGGGUGGAACCGACCUCGGGCGCCGAAGGCCCUGCCAAGGGUGUCUUGUUUUUCCGCAACCACAACGGUCUGGGUGCCGCCCCGGCCAAGCUCCAGCCCGUUGCCCAGUGA